CUAUACCCACCGGAGACCAGAACCAUUCCGUCAGUUGUACGAACAGAACCGAUUUCACUCACUUUUCCAAAGUCGAUAUUGCGCUUUCGUCAACAAUCUAGCUCAACCUUUGCUUAGAAGAGAGCCGAAGAAAUUGUUUCGAAGAAGCAAUUGCAGCGAACAGUCGCAGGAAACAGUUCAAGCAGCGAGUUGCUACGAUUGAUAGUGAUUAAUUGUUUUUUUUUCAAAACUAAUUUAAAAGGCAUAAAAAAACAUGAUGGGUUUAGCCGGUGUUUUGUGCUUAUGUGCGUUGUUUGGUGGACUGCAGGGUUCCGCAAUACCCAUGUGGGAGUAUUUAAGUAAACAAGAAAAAACUUCCUAUAUUUAUUCACUAUUUGCAAAUCAAGUUGACAAAUUCUGUGAAGGAUCCAGUAUACCCCUAUGUAGCAGGCAACUUUUGAAAUAUGGUUUGGGUACCCUUAAGAAUAUCGAAGAAGAGGAUUUGGACGCAAUGGACCCAUAUCAAAGAGGUGCCAAUAAUAUAGUUUGGGAAACCCUCAUGCAAGGCCAUCGCUUCCAAAAGACCACUCCUAAGCCGCAGAAAAAAGGCAGCAAGUCAAAACCAAACUCUUUUGAAGACGAGUCAUUCUCUGAUUACGAAGAUUAUGAAGCAGGAAAUGAAGAUAGCGGCCGUCUCGACAAUGUCUACAUCCUUCCUCCACCUAAGGGCUUUGUAUCAAAAGUUGAUGAUGAAAAAACAAACGACGAAGCCGAAGUAGUUGAAAAGUCCGGAACUAAUAUCAUUGAUAUUCUCAAAACUCCCGAUGGAAAAGGCGUUUUCAAUCGGUUCCAAAACCAGUACCGUCCUGUAGCAGUUUCAACAGAAAAAGUAGCGAGCAGUACUAAAAAACCAAUUUUAAAUAGGGAAUCCUACUUUAUCGAUUUUCCCUUAACUGGUCCAAUGGUAGUGAAAGUAUACCCUGAUGGAAGGCCGGUUAGAGAAAGCACGCAGACACCUCAAGACGAUGAUUUGAGACAGUAUCAACUUCAAAAAGUUAAAAUUCCAACUUUUUAAUUCAAAGAUGCGGAAUACUGAGGUCAAGACUUGCGCCAAAACCCAGAAACGGCGAUGAAAUGAAGAACAGAACACUUGCCGGCUACAAGUGCAAACUUUUAUUUAUCAUAUAAAGGCUAAGUUUCUUCUAGGGAAACACUUCAGAAAAUCAAUCAACUUUAGAAAGUACAAACUUCCAAUUAUAUUUAGGAUCACCAGAUCUACUUGUUUAUUUUUUUGCGUAGCUUUUGCAUUAGAUCAGUUAGCUAUCGAUAUUGCAACACUUGCUGAAAUAGGAUAGUAAUCGAAAAAGGAAAGUGCCAAAAAGGAAAGUGUAAAUGCAAUUUCAAUGUUUUGUGAUAUAAUGAAAACAUUAUUUAUUAAUUUUCUACCUAGUGUGUGUAUAUUUCUUGUGUGUGUGAGUGAAGAGAUUAAUGAAUGUAUCUUUAAAUGAUUGUAUGAUUCCUAAUUUAUUGAAUGUCUUGCAUGUAUAUGUGCACUUUAGCUAUUCUCAAGUUCUUGUAUAUACAAAUAAUCAGUUAUUGUUCUAGAUUAUAACAUUAACUAUAAGUGCGUUGUGAUUAGAAUUUUCUGCGCCAGAGCUUAUUCUGGAAAUUCCUAUUAAAAUUGUAUUAGUUAAUGACAAAAUGUUAAUGUAUCUUUGCAAUAAAAUAUUUUUACAACAUA